UAGUCUAUGGGCAGGUGUGAUGUUUUGGAAGGAAUCAUGUAGGGUCGGGAAGGUCAAAAGGUUGGAACAUGCUGGUACUGUCAAUAGUGCCCCUUUGAUGUCUUCAGCUGUCGGAGCUGUGGAGGGUCCCUGAACGCAGCAGUAGUGUGUGUGAGCGGUGUAGAGGAAGUGGCGGCUGAUCUUGGUCCGCACCUUUUCCGGUAACACAGCACCGCCACUGCUGUGACUGAACGGCUGUAGACAGAGAGGGAGGAAGAGAGAUCGAGAGCGGCAAGAGCGGGGAGAAACGGCCCGGGGACUUGGGGGAUGAUUGUCGCAGACAAAGGGGGAAGAGAAGAAAGUCGGAUGAAUCAAUGACCUUUUGAGCGGUCCUCCUCCAGAUGCCGCGUGACAGAAACGGACCGGAAAGGGCAUAAUUACUUCGUGUGUUUUCGGAAGAAAUUGAAGUGCUUUGAAAUUAAUCGGUUGGAAUAAUCUAAGGCCAAGUGUGGUCAGCCGGCAGCCAAGGAGGAAGUUGGAACCCCCGGGCUUGGACUGGGCCUGAUUUAUAUUGUCCACGUUUGGAUUAAAUAAUUAAUUAACUGAAAGAAAACUUUGUCAGCUGCAGCACAAGUGACGGCAAGAGGGGUUUGUAAAAGGGAAGAAAAACUUGAAAUGCGGAUUUUGAAGCAAGGCUGUGCUCAACGGCGAGUUUGAAACAAGGGGAUGUCAUUUUUUCUUCUUACAACGGAGGGCAGUGGAUCAUGAAAGUAUAUCCCCACCCAAUUCUGCGAGGGCUCCUUACAUACUGCUCCCAUUGAGUGCUCAUUCACCAGCUCAGGUCAGAUCACAGUCCGGUUAAUUGUACUGUACAAACUUGAAAGUCACCAUUUUUUGAAAAGUGACACUUGGUGUCAGCCCACCGCUGCCAUCACGUGGAGGGCUUUCUGUAGCUAUACUGAAACUGUGACUCUUAACUUGUAUUUUAAAAAAAAUCCUUUUCCUCUCAUUAGAGAAGUGCUAUUUUAACUAUUUUCUCCUAACAAAGUAUUUAUGCUCAGUAAACAAGAUGGGGAAAAUGCUUUCAAAGAUCUUUGGCAACAAGGAGAUGAGGAUAUUAAUGCUUGGACUUGAUGCUGCUGGAAAAACAACCAUUUUGUACAAGCUGAAACUGGGACAGUCUGUCACCACCAUCCCCACAGUUGGGUUCAACGUGGAGACUGUCACCUAUAAGAAUGUGAAGUUCAACGUGUGGGACGUGGGCGGACAGGACAAGAUCAGGCCCCUUUGGAGACAUUACUACACAGGCACCCAAGGCCUCAUUUUCGUGGUGGACUGUGCCGACAGGGACAGGAUCGACGAGGCAAGGCAGGAGCUCCAUCGAAUCAUUAAUGACCGGGAGAUGAGGGACGCCAUCAUCCUGAUCUUCGCCAACAAACAGGACCUCCCAGAUGCCAUGAAGCCCCACGAGAUCCAGGAGAAGCUGGGCUUGACCCGAAUCAGAGAUAGGAAUUGGUACGUUCAGCCCUCGUGUGCAACAACAGGGGAUGGACUAUAUGAGGGUCUGACCUGGCUUACCUCAAAUUAUAAAACUUAAUGUUUCACCACACACCAGCUUGGACACUUGGAGGCAAUUAAGUAGCUGAGAAUGGAAAAGUUAAAAAAAAAAAAAAAAGCAAUGAAUACAUGACCUCUCUGUUGAAUGUCUAUCAAAGAGAGUAGCAAUCACCUUUUUUUUCUUUUGAUAACAAUGACUUUUCUUUAACCCAGAAGCCUUUGUUUUUUCUGAUUUUUUUUUCUCCCCUUCUUUUGUUUUUUGGUUCUCUGUAUAAUCAGUACUGUUAAAAUAUACAAUAAGCUUACUUUUUGAGCUCUUUUCUUUCCUCAUUGUAUCAUUUCUUAUAGGGGACCUAGGGACGCGCAUUUAUAGUUUUGACCCUGUUUAGCUCUCGUUCAGUAUUCUCAUGACCCAGCUACAUAUCCAAAGGAUGGGAAAGUCCAGAAAAGCAUUUCCUACAUCAGCAUAUCACUUUCAUGGCUCAGACUGCCUCUGUAAUAUGUAAGAAUGUGUAUAAUGGAUGUGUUGGGACCUCAAAAUAAGUCAGAAUUGAUUGUACUGGGAUGAAUGAGGAAAUGUGCUAGUACGUCUUUCCUGUGCAGUGAUUGCAUCCAUUUUGUUCUACUGUGGGUGCUGGAUAUUCACACACACACUGUGAUAUGGAUAUAUAAUUUUGUUGUUCCAGGGUUUGAAUCUGUUGCCACUAGUCUUAUUAUCUCCCAGAAUGUUUUUUUUUUUUUUUCCUUUCCAGAGUUUCCAUAACUGUUGAGUAUUUGUAGUUUCAGCUGCCUUAGGAAGGACCGGGGUUCCAGGUGCCCCGAAACUGAGACAGUCCUUACAGCAGAGGGUAUUCUCGACCGCUGAGUUUGCACUUUGGGUGGGAGAAGGGGGUUAGCAACUAGCUGGCUGUGCAUAUUUUGAUUUCCCAUAACUGACUUUUGGACUCCAGCAAGUGUUUUUGAAAUUCCCAACCCCCCACCACCUCCAAAGCAGGUGCUUCAACGAGUGUCAGCCACUUUUUUUUUUCUUUGCUUUUACUUUUUUCUUCUAGCCAUCAUCAGCCUGUAAGGUCCUGCCAUCAGCUCCAUGUUAAUAGAUCAUACAUACUGCUGUUGAUUUUUUUUCUCCUUCUUUUCUUUUGCUAUGCUGUUGAAAUAAUAAAAAAAAUGUAUCCAGAUCA